AUGGGAUUAUUUACUUUUGGAUUAAUGUACAUACAGAUGGUAUCUACGUAUCUGUGUGCCUAUUGUUCGGGACUAACGUGUAGAUUACAUAUGCAGCGUUUCGGAUUUGCGUUACCAAUUCUUCUUGUGCCAAUCGUCACUACUGUUUUGGCGUCUUUGUGUAGGCCCAUUGGUGUCAAUAAUGGAUUUGUUUGGAUUCAAAAUUUAGAUAUGUGUCAAAGAAUGACGCCCCCUAGUGACCGCGAGGGGUGGAUAACUCUCGGAUUAUGCAUAGCAGUGUAUUUAUCUUAUGUGUUCGUAACUCGGCAUAUAUGGUACCCGAAGCUGGAGAGAAUGGCUAAAAUAGAAAGGCUAUUUUCAUUCGGCCAUUCCGAUCCAGUAUACUCUGAUGUCAGCCUCGCCCUUAAGCGGCGUCAAGAUUUAGCUGAAAAAGAAGAGUAUAAAAAGAAAAUUAAAGAAAUGAAGAAUCCCAUGGUUUAUAUAUGCGCUACGAUGUGGCACGAGAUAAGACAAGAAAUGAUACAACUAUGUAAAUCUCUGUUCAGAACGCUUUUUCACAUAAUAUUUGAUGAUGCCUUUCAAACCGACGAAAAGACAAAACAAAGGGUAGUUAACUCCUAUGUUGAACAACUAAUAGAAAUUAUGCCUCAAGCUUGCUCUUCCGUUUCAAAAGGAAGCGUUACCUUAGAUCCAGUAAAGAAGAUAACAACACCGUAUGGAGGACGAUUGGAAUGGAUAAUGCCUGGUGGUACUAAGAUGGAAGUCCAUCUCAAAGACAAAAAUAAAAUACGUCACAAGAAAAGAUGGUCACAGAUUAUGUAUAUGUAUUAUUUAUUGGGACAUAAGCUAUUAAAAGGCUACUCGUCAGCGGAUGAAUUGUUACGAGAAGAUAAACAGAAAGUUAACAUAACGGCACCUGUCCGUCCACAUUCAUCUUUACUAAACAGACUACCACAUUCUGUUGUAGAGGAGGCCGCAAACACUUUCGUUAUGGCAUUAGAUGGUGAUGUAGAUUUUGGCCCAGAAUCUGUUCGUCUGUUGAUAGAUCGAAUGAAGAAAAAUCGUGACGUGGCUGCAGUUUGUGGUAGAAUUCAUCCGAUUGGACAAGGUCCUAUGGUGUGGUACCAACAGUUUGAAUAUUCUGUUGGCCAUUGGUUACAGAAGGCAACAGAAAAUGUACUAGGCUGUGUAUUGUGUUGCCCGGGAUGUUUUAGUUUAUUUCGAGGGUUGUCGUUAAUGGACGAUAAUGUAAUGCGACUGUAUGCUAUUGAACCAACAGAAGCCAAACAUUAUAUUCAAUACGAACAAGGGGAGGAUAGAUGGUUGUGUACAUUAUUACUACAACAAGGAUAUAAAAUAGACUACUGUGCUGGUUCGGAUGCUUUCACCUAUGCCCCGGAAACUUUCCAUGAUUUCUACAUCCAGCGACGGCGAUGGUCCCCUUCGACUAUGGCUAAUGUUAUGGAUCUGCUAACAUCGUGGAAAACGACAGUUAAGAUGAAUAACAACAUCAGUACAUUAUUCAUGCUUUACCAAUUUGUUUUAAUGGCCUCCAGUAUAUUAGCUCCCGGUACUGUCACCUUCAUGAUCAGUGGAUCCUACACAGCGGUAUUAGGCUUAAACCCGUGGCAGUCAUACUUAUUGUCCACACUCCCCGUGUUGGCGUACGUUUUACUAUGUCUGAAAGCCAAGACUGAGACUCAAGUGGCAGUAGCUGCUGUAAUGUCGGCUGUUUAUGCAAUCGUCAUGGUGAUAGUUUCCAUAGGAACUGUGAUAAACAUUGUUGAAGAAGAUUUCCUAACACCAAAUGUGCUUUUUCUGAUCGGUUUAUCAACCAUAUUCGUGAUAACGGCUCUUGCUCAUCCCAAUGAACUUAUGUGUCUUAUUCACGGUAUCUUGUAUUAUUUAACAGUUCCGUCAACAUUUGUUUUCUUAACUGUUUUCUUUUUGUGUAAUUUGAACAUCGUGUCGUGGGGUACAAGAGAGGCACCUAAAAAGGUUGACCCAGACGAAGAAGCAGUUGCACAACAGGCGACGGCCAAAAAGGGUAAAAUCCGAAAGUUCAUCGAGUCCCUGGGAAUAUCAUCUGUUCUUGAAGAUCUUCGCAGCUUCAUCAAACAGACACUGGGUCGGGAGAACGAGAAACCUUCUCCAUCGACACCUUUAUCACGUGACUUGGAAUCAGGGAUGUCAACACCAGCUGGAGGGUUGCCUCUUUCCAAACCAAAACCCAAGACAGCGCCAAGAAAGCCGAAGGAGAAAGUUGUGGUUAUUGAUCCAGACUUCUGGAAAGGAGUAACAUCUUUGGAAGACGGGACCGAUGGAGAACUUGAAGAGAAAGAACGGUUAUUUUGGCAAAAACUUAUAACCAAAUUCCUUCUACCCUUGAAGGAGAACAAGGAAAAACAAGAACAGAUUGCCGCGGAUUUGAUAUCCAUCAGAAAUAAUGUUGUUUUUGCGUAUAUGUUGCUGAAUGUAAUGUUUACCUUGGUAAUUCUUCAGCUUGAACUUAAACAGGAUAUUCUCGAGGAAAAGUUCUUCAUAGCCGGUAAAUACGAGCCAGUAUCUGUAAUAUUCCUAGGUGUGUUUUCUGUUUUGAUUCUAACACAGUUCUUCUCUAUGUUAGUACAUCGAUGGGGAACAUUCCUUUUGUUGAUUUCUAGUACGGAUAUAACGUACUGUACUAAUGAAGGUCUGGACAGUACAGCAAUGGCGUUAAAAGAGAUUGCGGAAAUGCAAACGGGACAAAAAGAUAUUAUAUAUCCGGAUGGAUCUAGUGAAUAUAGCGGUCCAAAAGAUCUAGGCGAAUGUAUCAUUGAGUCUGACGAAGAGGAGGAAGAGGGGCAUGAUCCAAGAAGCAAGUUUGAGAAAAUUGUACAAAGAGAACACAAUAGACGGAAGAGUAUCAUUGCUAUUACUGCAGGAGAGCUGCCACAAACUCGUCUUAAUUCAUGGGUAGCGCAAACUCGUCGGGAUACCAAAACAAUGGCAGUUCGUGAUUUAUAUAAACAAACAACAAGUCAGAAUUAUCGACAGCAAGACUAUUAUCAGCCAAACGGUUAUGGAAACACUUCCGGUUUCAGUAACAAAAAUGAUUUUCAACGCAGAUAUCAACAGAAUCCCCAAAUAUCUCGAUUUAACGCCAGACGAUCUCGACGAGAGAGUGUUUUUGCUACAGAUUUUGAUGAUAUUCCAGAAUGUGAUUAUGACUAACUGGUAUGCCUAGGUUGUUAUAGAGAACAAAAUUUAUUUCGUUAGAAUCAUGGAUUAUGACGUCUUGUUUUAAUGAAUAACUGGCGUGUGUAUCAUUAAAACUAUCAUUAUAAAGAAGCAAGUUCGAUGUUUCUUGAGCGACCCAACACACCAUUUUGUAUUUAGAUGUAUUCUUCUGGUCGUUUUUGUAUUAUCGGUUAGGCAUUCUCUCUGGCAAGUAUGGGUAAAAUCGUCGGUGUUCUGACUUGUGUUUGUUUUGUUCAAUCAGGAUUCGGGUCCAACGAACCAAGUCUAAACCAAAACAUUUCUGGUGUAAGCAUUGGUCUUCUUGGCUGAGAGUACGGUGCCCCUGUUUAGUUAUAUCUCUAUAUACGUUUACCUGAGAGAAGAAUGUUUUAUUAACUUUAUAUAUAAAUUUUGAGUCAAAGUUAUAAAGUAUUAUGAGAGAGAGACAGAGACAGAAACAGACAGAGAGAGAGUAACGAAUGAUAUGUCUUUUCUUUCAAUCAAUAACUUGUACGUAAGGGGUCUUUAAAAGAGGGUAAAAUCCAACACAAAAUAAACCCGACGUUACUCAAGUGACCCUGAUACUUGUCACAUUUGGGAUUAGAAUACUAAUUAUUUAACAUAUUAUAUUAGCUAAAAUUAAUUAAUUUUUUAACAAUUCAUUUACUUAUUAAUUUGUUUAUUAACUGUUAUAAGAUUUUCUAGGCGCGAUUUGUUCGCCCGCAGAUCAAAUUUGAGUUAUUAGUCUGUCGUUAACUGUGAUGUCAUAAUUUUUAUUAAAAAAAGAACAUGAUGAUAAAACUAUACAAUCACGUUGACAGUUAUGAUAUACAUGUCAUUUAUGCUGACUCCAUGUAUAUACUAACGCCCAUGUUUAAAGGAUUCCUAUUACUCGGGUAUAUCCGGGAGUCGUUUGUUGCCUGACUUCUUCACCGAAAUCGUGCUAAAUGAGAAUUUCUUUUUUCGACUUGAUAUGUUUUUAUUAUGUUAUUAUAUUUGGGGGUAGUUGUCCUGUCUUUCAUAAUAUUCUAUUCAUAAGGGUCCGCAUACACCAUGCUUUUGUAAUUGCCCGGUAAGUCCCACAACAAACUUGGCCCGAUGUACGCCAUAGGCUACCGCAGUACGAUUUAAGAAUCAUAUAAUAUUUAUGUGGUACGAUUGAUUGUUUAAUUUAAAAUGUCCACGCGUUCAAUUUUGAAUGUGAGCUAUCGUCAAUAUGAAAUGUCCAAUUGCUGAUGUUUGGGGUUUUUUUUGUUUAUUUUGUUGUUUCUUUUUUGUUUUUUUUUUACCAGUAACUGAUCUCCAACCGCUACUCAUCGUGUCGUUGUCGUUAUUCUCCCCCUUCUUCUUAAUAAGGGGUGAACCGACGAAAAAAGUAUCGAUUGACGGACUUCGAUUUUUGAUAUUUCACAAUUCUAAGAUGACGGCGAUGACGUCAUGAAAUUUAAUGAAAUGAAAUGGAGUUUAACGUCCCACUGUUCUGCUUCUACUGGGCUAGUGAAGGCGGGCAUACGCCAUACGGUGUGCUGAAAGGAGAAUUUUGCCCGACAGCGGCACUACGGUCUACUCUUCUAUCGAAUUCCAACUGCCACGGCUCUUUUACGUGCACACUAAUGUAUAGACGGGACCUUACGUUACCUUUGUCUCCAAAAUGACGCCAUGCUUGGUUCCUGGUCCACACUACACUCGUCUUAUAUCAAAUUCCAACUGUCAAGGCUCUUUUACGUGCACACUAAUAUAUAGACGGGACCUUUGAUUUUCGUCCCAUCCGAACGACUAUACGUUACUCUUGUCUCCAACAUGACGUCAUGCUUGGUUCCUGGUCCACACUACACUUGUGUUUCUGAACAACCAAUUUGGAUAUAACUCAUUAUUUCUGUGAUAUUUUAUUUUUAAAGAUUGUUUUAUUAUUUGUGGUCUUAUUUAUUCAACUUUAAAUGUUUUAAAGAACAUUAUGGUGGCAGGUCUUCCAAUCAUUCUAUUAAUUACCCGUCUCGAAUAAUCUGACAGUUUCUAUUGUAUACUGCACAAUAAAUUAUUGUAUAUAUUAUAUUAAUA